AGAAAUCUGAUUUAUAUUAAAGAGGACAGGACAAUGGGCCCCUUUGUUUUAGGAAGAUGCUUUCUCUUGGAGAUUCACAACAGAUGGAAUUAAGUCAUCACUUCCAUUCAGCGUGAACUAAGGAGAGUCAAUCUAUUCAGCAAAUAUUAUCUCUUACUCAUGCAAUGAAUCCCAAUGAAGUCAAUGGGACUACUAAUAUGCAGGGGCUGCAAUAAACAGUUUUUUACAAUUUGAAUAACAAGAAAUUAAUGUUGACAGGUUCAUGUUUGAGAAAACAUUUAAUUUUUAAGAAGAACGUACUCCCAUCAGAUAUACAUCUUCUGGAAAUUUCACAGCUUUAGAAAAUACUGUAGAACUUCAGAGUUAUGAACACCAGAGUUACGAACUGAGCGGUCAAUCACACACCAUACACAAUCAGGCAGCAGAGACGAAGAAAAAGAAAAAAAAGACAAAUAAUGUACAGCACAGUACUGUGUUAAAUGUAAACUACUAAAAAAAAAUAAAGGGUACAUGUAAAAAAAAAUUGACAAGGUAAGGAAACUUUUUCUGUGCUUGUUUCAUUUAAAUUAAGAUGGUAAAAAGCAGCACUUGUCUUUUGCAUAGUAAAGUUUCAAAGCUGUAUUAAGCCAAUGUUCAGUUGUAAACUUUUGAAAGAACCAUAACAUUUUGUUCAGAGUUACGAACAACUUCCAUUCCUAAGGUGUUCCUAACUCUGAGGUUCUACUGUACAUGGAUUUAAGCCAGUUAAAAUUGUGGAGCAAGCAGACAUACUUUUAUGUUACAUCUGACAAUUUCUUACAAGGCAUAUACUUAUGCCACAGACAUAUCACAUCUACCGAGAGGUGCAAAAAUACAGGAGCAAAACCCAAACCAAGCAAAUUAUGGCUGUGACUUCUACAAGGUACUUAAGUAUAUGCCUAAUUUUAAGCAUGAGAGUAGUCCCAAGAAUUUCAGCGGAACUACACACAUGCUUAAAAUUUGGCACACGCUUAAGUACCUUGUUGAAUUGGGACCUAUCAUAUUUUAGGUUUUUUGCCAACUUUAGGCUUGCAAUUUUAUGAAACUGGAAAUGAAUGCUCAUCCAAAUUCAGACUCAAGAAAAUACAACCAAAAUGGCAAUGAAGGCGUUAAGGUUACUUAUUCUGAACUUUUAACAAAAACAUUGUUGAAAUAUGACCGUGGCAUCUGGUUGGGCUGUUACAACAGUGGAUUUCCAUUAUAACGCCCCUAUUUUUCAUGGCUCUAUACAAUUCAAAUGAAAAAGUGUUCCUGGCUGAAACUGAACAGAAAUGUUUUGAGACCAAAAGCUGUUUUCUUUAAAUAAAACCUUCAAAACAUAUCAGAAUACAAAGAAAUGGAUAUUUACCAGCCUCUAAUACCUUUAUUUUACAUUCCCCUAAAAACAGCUAGAUUGAAAUGAGAUUCUCGAAGUGCAGCUACUUCUAAUUGGUAUUCACAAUAAUCUUUAUUAUGUGAUUGGUAGUGGAUAUGUAACACAAAACUGAGCACUGUUAAUUUGCUUUCACAAGACACUGCACACUCUUUGAGUCUCUGGUGUUUGGGUAUUAACUAUAGUUCCAACAUUUAACUUUGGAUUUAGGGCCUGAUGCAGUGUUCAUUAAAAUCAGUGGAAAGACAUCCACUGAUUUCAGCAGAUAUUGGGUCAUACCAAUAAUCCUUCAAUCUUCUCAGGCAAAACGCAUCACUGCAAUCACUUUACAACAGUGCCAUCUUUGGGAAGUGUUACUUGAAGAAUGAAUGAAAUCAAUGAAAAAACCACCUGGGCUUGUACUCUCCUCUUUGCUACUUAGGAUGAAUAAGGAAGGCCUGAUGGAUUGUGACCCCUCCACCUUUCCCCAAAACAAAAAUUAUUUUUCUGCUUUUUCAUAUUAGAAAUUUAGGAUAUGUCCUCCCUGAAGGACUGUCCAACAAGAUGUCACAAGAAUCAGAAGACAAAGUUGAACAACUGAACAGAAAUGUUUUGAGACCAAAAGCUGUUUUCUUUAAAUAAAACCUUCAAAACAUAUCAGAAUACAAAGAAGACAUUUUUUUUAAUCAGGCUGUUUAAAAUUUGUUUCAGUGGUAGCCAACACCUGUCGGGGGCUUGGGGUUUCUUUAAUUUUGUCUUUUGAGUCGAGUUAUUGCUAGGGUCUCCAAACAGUGGGUCAUCUUACAAACCAGGAUGCAAGCCUGCAAUCCUUACUGAUGCCAGGAGCUUCCCACAGGAGUUUUGCUUGAGUGAGGUCGACAGAAAGGGAUUCUAGGGUUACCAAGACAUAAACCCAAGCACAUAUAUUUUACUCUUUGCUCAGACUGACAUAUAUUUGAGGUUGAGUUGUUGUUUGAUUAAUUCUGUUAACCACAACACCACUCUCCUGUCUUGGGAACUGUUACUAGUUGACAGAAUAAAUUAUAAACAGGGAAACUCAGUGCAGUGGACAUUUGACAUUAGCAAAAGCAACACUUGUUAGAGAGAAAAUAAUAAAGGGCAAACAUGAAGCCACCUGAAAAUAUUUAAAGCGAUAAACUCGAUUCAAAACAUGAUCUGACAAUCACUCCCCAGCUACACAGUGUAAACUGUAAAGUCUUUAGAACAAACCCCAUCUCUCAUUCUGUGUACUCUUCAGGGGCAUACACAAGACAGCCAGGCACACAAAACAGUAUAGCACAGUUCCGGGGAAAGUGUUGGAGCACCAGGAGGGAGUUCAGUGUAAUUCAGAUUUUUCCUGCCCGUCCGGCUCCCCCAGACACCCCCCAUCUGCUCCAUCUCCCCCAUACACCCUCCCGAUCCCCCCCAUCUGCUCCAUCUUCCCCAUCUGCUCCAUCUCCCCCCACGCACCCCGCAAUCUGCUCCGCCCCCCACCCCACGAUGUGUUCAUUCACUCUUCCCCCCACCCUCCUCUAGCUUCCCCACCCGCCGCUCCGCUCCCUGUCCCUUUCCUGCGCGGCUGGGGGGAAGCGGAGCCCGAGAGCAAAGGGCAGCAGCUUCCCUUAGCCCCGGAGCCUGUGCACAUCUCCGCGCACGUGCUCACGGGGGCGGCGCGUCCCGCGGCCGGACAUUGGCCCCUGCUCUGACCCCGCGCUGGGCUUGCGGGAGCGGAGCUGCCUGCAGGGCUCCGGACACUCCCGCGCGCCAGCAGGGGCAGCAUGGUGGUGGAGUGAGAGAUGGAUCCCCUCGACGCGUGGGACCCCUACAGCCGGCCGGCCCGCCGGACCCAGUGGCUGGUCAGCGCCCUGGCGUAUCACUACGGGCUGGACCGGGGCGUGGAGAACGAGAUCAUCGUGCUGGCCACGGGCUUGGACCAGUACUUGCAGGAGAUCUUCCACCACCUGGACUGCCAGGCGGAAGGCAGGAUCCCCGGCGAGGACUUCCGCACCCUCUGCCAGGUGCUGGGGCUGGCGGACCCGGAGGAGGCGGCGGCCGACCCGGAGGAGUGCGCCGGCCUCUGGGAGGACCUGGCCCCGGAGCUGACUUUCCGCCAGUUCCACGCCAAGCUCUGCGGCUACUUCAGCACCAAGGCCGGCUGCGCGCCGCAGCGCCCGGCGGUGGGCAGGCUGCCGCUGGGCAAGGAGAGCGAGCACAUCGAGACCCAGAUCCGGCUGCGCAGCCCGCUGCGGCGGCGGCGGGACAAGGCGGGCCCGGGGGCUGCUGCCCUCAAAAGCGGCAGCCCCCGAGGGGCUUCUCCUCCCCCGGCAGCCCCGGGGCUGGCCCCGCUCGCCAGGCGGCCGGGCCCCUGCUCCAGGGAGUGCUACGAGGAGAUCGUGGCUCUGGAGCAGGCUGAAGACCGGAUCGUGAAGCUGGAGGAAGAGAACGGCAGCCUGCGGGAGCUGGUGGAGGACAUGCGGGCAGCGCUGCAGAGCAGCGACGCCAGGUGCCUAGCGCUGCAGGUAGGACUGUGGAAAAGCCAUGCUAAUCAUAAGAAAGAUGGGACCUGUUUUAUAGGAAAUAGGAGACUGUUAACUCCCAAACACUCCCAGCCCACCAAGUGCCUUCAGAGUGUCCUAAAGGAGGUGGAACUAAUCCGGAAUUCCAGGGAUGGACAAAUUGAAGAAGCAAUUAGGUUCAAUCAAGAACUGCAAAAAGAACUGAGGAGUUCCCAGGAAGCUAUAGUCACCCUGGAAGACUGCAACCGUAAUCUGAAGAGGGAACAGGCAGAAAUGAGGAAGAAAGUGGAAGAAGCUAGACAUGCAGUCCUUAACAGUCUUGGCAAAGUGAAGGAGUUAGAAGCAAAAGCCAAUAAAGUGCCACAUUUGCAAAUAUACAUCCAGCAGCUAGAAUCAGAACUACAGUACUAUAGGUCGAUUUGCUGGCAAAAACUCAUGUGCAACCCUUGUGCCUCAAAAGAUCUGCGUUUACACAGGUCAGAGGUUCUGAAGCUUCAGCUUCCUUCAAGAGGCAGCACAAAGCAAAAAGAAGGAGCAGCACUGCUGGAUGGAAGACACUGUUUAUCUGCCGUGCAACUGGAUCGAAGCUCACCCACUGGGGGAGCAGGGAUGUCAGAGAACGUGGAAGACCAGAUGUUCCGUUCUGUGGAGGGCCAGGCUGCCUCAGAUGAAGAGGAGGAGAAGUGGAUAGGGGACCAGCAAUCGCAGGUGGCUGAAUUGAAGAAACUUCUGGACAGGGUCCCCUGUUGUGGAAGUGGAUGUGAUGACAAAAUAGUGAAGAAACUGAUGUCUUAUUUUGGGAGCACCAAUAAUGACGACCAUGAGAAUGCCACUGUGGAGCUAGCAGAGAGAAUCACCAAGUUAACUGAACAGCUUGAGAUGAAAGGGAAUGAAGUGAAAAAACUGGAAACAAACAUGAAGGAGAUGAAAGGCCCAUUGCUAGGUGAACUGCAACAAAAGGUGGAGGAGACUGAAUUGUUGAAGAUGGAGCUACAGAUGCUGGAGACUGAGAGAGUUAGGCUGUCACUGGUGGAAGAAAAGCUCAUGGAUGUUUUACAGCUUCUUCAACAACUUCAGGACCUGAGCAUAUCUAAGCGAGCCUUGGGAAAAAUCUUGCUGAGCACUUUGGAAUCCUGUCGUGACCCCCAACAUGGAAAAGCUCACAUCCUUGAGGUCCUAGAUACUCUCUACCAUGAGCUGGCUGCCUGCGAACUCCUACAAAGCAAGCCUCUAGAGAAUGCUCAAAGUCACCAGUCCUUGUCUAACCCACUGGUUAUCUCUUGUUGAACAACAGUGCCAUCUGCAGUUCAUUAUGAUUAGUCAAGUAUCUAAAAUCAUACGAUGUUAAACAGAGGAUGGAAGGAUAAGAUUGCCAGAUUUGGAGGAGUUCAAUAAUAAAGGGACAAGUUAGGACAACUAAGCCAUGAAAUCACAGGUGUACUGCCUCUGGGAAGACCUCUAAUUCUUCAGCUAACUUCACAGCUGGCCUCUAUAAGUGUUCACAUUUCAUGAGAAUUACUUAAUGAUGUCCACCUCUGAAGCCUGACAACCACCACAUUAUGGCACUGUAACUGUACCAGUCCACCAAACGAAAAGUAUUACAAAUGCACUGACCAGCUCAAUAGAGGAAAACCCCAAACUGAAUAUCUGAUUGUCGAUUAGCUAGAGAUUUUUCCUCCUCUUCUGAUAGCUGAACCAGUACAUUUAAUAGUGGAAGACAGACUAACUGGCUGAUAUAUAUGUUGUUUUCUUAAAGUACGAGACAAAAUUACUAUAUUAUAAAGAAAUAUGCACACUAGUAUAUGCCAGUAGGGCAAGUUAAAGACCCAUGUAUAAAUGUAUGUGUGUUUGUAACUGUGAUUAUACAUCUUAUUUAACUCUAGAGAUACAUUUAUGUUUCUGUUCAUGCGGAUUUUGUAUUUGUAAUUACAGAUCCGUUAGAAGUGUGAUUAUGCUUUUACAUUAAUCUGUAACUGUCCUUGCUGAUUAUAAUCUUAGAUUUUAUGUUAAACAUUAAAUUGUUU